UCAUGGUUCCUUCUGGGCAUCACGUUUGGAGAUGGAUACUCUUUGUCUGCUUUCACUGGCUUUGUGUCUGUCAAAAAACUCCAAGACCGUAAGUAAAUCUGCAGUCAGUUAGAAUUUAGUAAUCAGACAUGUGGCGUCUCGUCCUGGAGUAACAUUCUCUCUGUCAGAGAGCAAAUUUAGAAUGGUUUUUCAUCUAUCCUUUCUGAAGAUAUUUGUUCUGUGUAUUUCACCUACAAAUAUAGGCUUUUCAAAAAUUAUUCUUGAUUUUUUUAUCUUGAUUUUUAGAUUUUUUAUUGGCCCAUUCACCCCCUCCCCCAAAAUACAAAAACUUGUAAAUACUGUAUUUUCACCGCAACUAGACAAAAACCUCAAGGGGACCAUGAAACAACGUUCUAAGAACGUCCUAAAAACAUUAUUGGGGACGUCCCUGGAACAAACCUGGAACAGCACAAAACCUGCAGGGGACCAUGACUGUUUAAAUUGAAUUAAUGUCAAUUAUGCCUUUUAAAGUAAAGUAUUCUCAUUGACGUGAUCACAUGUGAAUUUCAUGUGUUUUUUUUCGUAAGGAAACCACUGAUCAAGCGACAUUAUGGACUAAACGUUCAAAUCCUGUUGCUGCAGGAUAAUCUUUCAAUGACAAUACUGGUCAUAUUAAGAUCCUACAUCUGUCGUUUCUUGUUUAGAAGUGCCCUCUCAUUUUGUACUGAUUUUCCUGUGUGUUUGUUGCUGUGCAUGCAUAUGUUCUCUGUAGGGUUUACAUGGUAGCCAUUCCUGCAGUGAUCCAGGCAGGCUCAGAGGCUAAGCUUUGUGCCAGCCUUCUGCAGCCCAACGAGACCCUGGUCAUGACCAUAUCUCUGAUCGCCGAUGGACAGAACAAAAGUAUUCUCCAAGAGAGUUCUGACCAAGAGUUUCACCGCUGCUUCCAGUUUCAGGUCAGCCCAGGUUGACAUCCAGAACCAUUCCAAUAAGAGUUUACUGUACUUCUUAGCUUUGUGAUGCAUCUCUUAAUUGUGUGUGCAAUGCCAGGUUAUUUUAUGGGAAAUAUCAAUGCUUACUAUAACUUUUCUGGAAUUCAGGCUGAAAUUUCACAUAAAAAAAGAUGACAUCAACUACUAAGCUACUAAAAGCUUUUUUAAAACACACUGGUGAAAGGAGAAGUGAUUGAAUCUACACAACCUUGAUGUUGUUAGCAGCACGUUCUUACCAACUAAGCCACACUGGAUCAUAUGUUAUUGGUUUGUUUUCUCCCUGACAGGCCCCUCAUGUGGAGAGUGACGAAGUGCAAAGAUUUAAGGUGGAGAUUCGAGGUGAAACUUUUCUAUCGACAGAGGAGAGAAAGGUCAUGAUCAAACCGUACAGCCCGAUGACAUUCGUCCAAACGGAUAAACCAAUCUACAACCCGGGACAAACAGGUAAUUUUACACAGAGCCAGUACACAAUUAGUCUGCUUGCUAAGAAACAGGACAAUUAGGUGGUAGUAUGUUUCUAUGAUGGUUUGCUCUGUCAUCCCAGAGACACUUGAAAGAGGACCAUUAGGUGCAGAUAAAGAAAAAAUCAGCUGUGGGUUCACUCAGAAUAUGUACACUGGAGUUUGAACCAACAUACCACAUGUUAGAAGCUGUUCCUCUGCUGGACAUUAUCAUUGGAUCCGAAUUGACUCAUUCAUCCCCCCUCCUCUCCCUGUAACUAUUCCCCAGGUUGUUGCUGUAAAUGAGAAUGUGUUCUCAGUCAACUUACCUGGUAAAAUAAGGGUUACAUAAAAUAAAUACAAAGAUAUCGAUAGUGUAAAUAUUUUCAGCGAACUCGCAGUGCAGUUUUCCUUUAUCUGCAAUUUAUUGAAUUGGGGCCUUAGUACCAACACUAAAAUAUUAUCCAGAAAAGCUGUCAAAAGUUUGUCUUGCAAAAUUCUGGUAACUUUCCUGAAAAUCCCAGGUUUUUCAGAAAUCCUGGCUGAAAGAUUCCUGGAAUCUGGGAAUCCUUCAACAUGGAUUUCUGGAAAACCUGGGAAAGUUAGAAAAAUUAUGCUUCUAAAACUCUCAUUGAGUGCCUGUCUUUGUCUUUUCAUUGUAUUUUUUACAGUACAGUUUAGAGUGAUCACCUUGGAUACCAGUUUUAGCCCUGUCAAUCAGCUGGUGAGUGUUGAAAAUGUGCAACAUUGAAUAUUGAAAACAAUUACCUGUAUUUGGUCGUCCUUUAGAUCAGUAUCUCCACUCUUUCAAACAGAAAGACAUAUACAGAAGAAUCUCAAGGGUCACAACGUCACAUUACUGUCUGAUAGACAUAGCAUUCAGGUAUUAUGUAACACUAUGUACGAUAUUGUCCAACCAACUCAACUCUGCGGCCUUGUGGUUAGUGUCCUCACUGAGAAUGGAAGGUUGAGGGUGUCGAGCCUUACCAAAGACUCUAAAAAUGAGACCUGAUGCCACUCUGCUUGGCACUGAACAUUAAGGAGAUGGAUUGAGGUUAAUGCCCAGCAAUAGACUAGCGUCCUGUCCAGGCUCCUUCAUGCUACAGAAACAGGACAUAGGCUCCUGCCUUACGGACAAGGCUUAUUAUGUAGAAUAUACUGUAAAUUGUUAUUUUAAUUCAGCAAUCAAGUAGCCAUGACAUGUCAUACAAAUCUUGUUAGUACUCCAUGAACAAUAAGACUUUGGAAAUGGGAAAUGUUUUGAACAACUAUUGGGCAAAAUCCAAAAUCUGUCUGUUUGAUAAGGCUACACAAACAUUUGAGGCACAUAGCACUCAGGGCAAAGGUUCUGCAGAGGUUCUCUAAAUAAACCUGUGUGGGUGGAUUUUCAGAUCCUCAAACAUUCAUCACAGGACAUGGGGUUGUCCAUUCAUAUACUGUAGGUCAGAUUGGAAUGUAUGGGAUUUUUCUUCCUGAGAUUGAAUUAAUCUAUUGAAUUGACAUUAGAGUUCCAGUGCAAAUACUACUUGUGAUAUUUAGUUGAAGAGACAAAUCCAACCACCUACCUGGUUCCUAUAGUUGUAGACGGUUUUGCUCUUUUGGUCAUUUUGUGGGAAUUUGAGAGUUAUUCAUAAAACAUUAACCAAUCUUUUGUCUUGCCCUUCACAGUACAACAUUGUGGAACUUGAGGUAAGAGCCUUAUUAGUCUGUCAAUUUAUGAUGACUGUCACUAAAUACUACGACAUCAUAAGACAAUGACUCCACCAGCUAGGUACUGGAGGUCAUCAUUCAUUUCCACAUGGCAGUUACUAGAAGACUCCCUAUAAGCUUUAUGUGAUAACAUCUGGGCCACCUUCAACAAGCAAACUUCGGAACGUUGCAGAUAGAAUGUAAUGAAUAGAACUGACGUGACUCCUUAUUCUACAUGUCAGACAGGCACGUUUGGCCUACAUAACAUAUUUGUAUGUGAACGUUUCACAAUGUUGUGCCCUACUAAACAUGUCCCUUGUUCUAUGAAUCAAUAGGAUGUUCAUCAGAACAGGAUUGGACAGUGGGUCAAUACUUCAUCCAGUGGCAACAUUCUGCAGCUUUCUCACCCCCUGAACUCUGAAGCACCUGUAGGAUCUUAUGCUAUUGUAGUGUGGAUUGGUGAUAACAAAAUAUUCCAUCACUUCAAGGUAGAAAAAUAUGGUAAAUUGAGCUUCUUUCUUUUACCUUUCAUGCUACAUAAUAUUAUGGAUCUGCCAGUUGAAUCAAUACGUCACAAUACUGGAACAUACAUGAGUUAACUUCUGUUCUUUCAUAUCUAGUUUUGCCAAAGUUUGAGAUCAAAAUGAACCUCACCGAUGAGAUCAGCAUUGUUCAAGAGGAGUAUAAAGUACAAGUGUGUGCAACGUGAGUCAACAGUACAGUAUCGCCAUUUUGCAAUGCACUGUAGUUACAAGACAAUGUGUAACUCCGCUAAAUGUCACUGUCUAAUUAAUCGCAUUACGGUAAUGCAGAACUUGAUUCAAAUACUAUUUUAAGUAUUUUAACUACUUUUACAUACAUUUCAAAGUAAGUAUUUUGAUAUUGUCAGGAAUGCUGUAGGUGGGUGUAGUGGUGGAAUCAAGCGCAGGACACCGAAGUAUAGUCCAAAAGACUUUAGUGCAAUUCCCAACAAGGGAAAAAUCGAACAAACUGGCCCGAAGGCAAAACUACGCACGAAGGCGACAAAACAAAAGGCGCACAAACCAUGUGCGUAAAACGCUCCAACACAGUGGUGUAAAGCUCAACCGAGCGAAUAAGUAAUAUAAUAUACAAGCACAACACACGACAGAAAAUCAAUCACACACAACACUAGACAAACACAACGAGAAACUUAUAGGACACUAAUUACACUAAACGAGAACAGGUGUCACAACAAACAGACAAAAGCAAACGAACAUAGAAACAUGCAACGGUGGCAGCUAGUAUUCCGGAGACAACGAACGCCGACGCCUGCCCGAACAAGGAAGAGAGGUAGCCUCGGCCGAAACCGUGACAGUACCCCCCCCUUGACGCGCGGCUCCAGACGUGCGCCGACUCCGGCCUCGGGGACGACCAGGAGGACGCGGAGCAGGGUGCGUCGGGUGCCCACGAUGGAAUUCCGUCAGGAGAGACGGGUCCAAAAUGUCUCUCCUCGGCACCCAGCACCGUUCCUCCGGACCGUACCCCUCCCACUCCACUAGAUAUUGGAGACCCCCCAUCCGACGUCUCGAAUCCAAGAUGGACCUCACGGAGUACGCCGGUGCCCCCUCGAUGUCCAAUGGGGGCGGAGGAGUCUCCCUGAUCUCACUUUCUUGGAGUGGGCCAGCUACCACCGGCCUGAGAAGAGACACAUGGAACGAGGGGUUAAUACUUUUAUAUUCAACAGGUAGUUGUAAUUUGUAACACACCUCGUUCAACCUUCUCAGGACUUUAAAUGGCCCUACAAACCGCCGACCCAGUUUCCGACAGGGCAGGCGGAGGGGCAGGUUUCUGGUAGAGAGCCAGACUCGAUCACCAGGUGCGUACACCGGUCCCUCACUGCGGUGGAGAUCGGCGCUCGCCUUAUGACGACGGAGGGCCCGCUGCAGGUGGACGUGUGCAGCGUUCCAUGUCUCCUCCGAGCGCCGCGCCCACUCAUCCACCGCAGGAGCCUCGAUCUGGCUCUGCUGCCAAGGUGCCAGAACCGGCUGGUAACCUAACACACAUUGGAAAGGGGUUAGGUUCGUGGAGGAAUGGCGUAGGGAAUUCUGGGCCAUCUCGGCCCAGGGAACGUACCUUGCCCACUCCUCCGGCCGGUCCUGGCAGUAUGUUCUAAGAAACCUACCCACAUCCUGGUUCACGCGUUCCACCUGCCCAUUACUCUCCGGGUGGUAACCCGAGGUGAGGCUCACCGAGACCCCCAACCGCUCCAUAAAGGCUCUCCAGACCCUGGAGGUAAAUUGGGGACCUCGAUCAGACACAAUAUCCUCGGGUACCCCGUAGUGCCGGAACACAUGGGUGAAUAGUGCUUCGGCAGUUUGCAGGGCAGUAGGAAGGCCCGGCAUGGGGAGCAAACGACAGGCCUUAGAAAACCGGUCCACAACGACCAGUAUAGUGGUAUUCCCCUGUGAAGGAGGAAGGUCAGUAAGGAAAUCCACCGAGAGGUGGGACCAUGGUCGUUGUGGAACGGGCAGGGGUAGUAACUUACCCCUAGGCAGAUGUCUAGGCGCCUUACACUGGGCGCACACCGAGCAGGAGGAAACAUAAACCCUCACAUCCCUUGCCAACGUGGGCCACCAGUACUUGGCACUAAGACAGUGCACUGUCCGGCCGAUACCAGGGUGUCCAGAGGAGGGUGACGUGUGAGCCCAAUAGAUCAAUCGAUCCCGAACCUCGAGCGGAACGUACUUCCGACCCUCCGGGCAUUGCGGUGGACUAGGGUCGGUGCGUAACGCCCGCUCGAGCUCAGCAUCGACCUCCCACACUACCGGUGCCACCAGACACGACUCCGGCAGUAUGGGAGUGGGCUCCACGGACCUCUCCUCCGUGUCAUAUCGCCGAGACAGUGCAUCUGCCUUACCGUUCUGUGACCCAGGGAUGUACGUGAUCUUAAAUGUAAACCGGGUCAAAAACAUAUUCCAUCUUGCCUGGCGAGGGUUCAGCCUCCUCGCUGCCCGGAUGUACUCCAGGUUACGGUGGUCCGUCAAAAUGAGGAAAGGGUGUUGAGCCCCCUCAAGCCAGUGCCUCCACACCUUUAGGGCCUGUACCACGGCUAACAGCUCCCUGUCCCCUACGUCAUAGUUUCGCUCCGCCGGACUGAGCUUCUUGGAAUAAAAAGCACAGGGGCGGAGUUUAGGUGGCGCGCCUGACCGUUGUGAAAGCACGGCUCCUAUACCGGCCUCUGACGCGUCCACCUCUACCUGAAAUGGCAAAGAGGGAUCCGGAUGCGCCAGCACCGGGGCCGAGGUAAACAGGUCCUUCAGCCUCCCAAACGCCCUGUCCGCCUCAGCAGACCACUGCAGACGCACCGGACCCCCCUUCAAAAGAGACGUGAUGGGAGCUGCCACCUGUCCAAAACCCCGGAUAAACCUCUGGUAGUAAUUCGCAAACCCCAAAAACUGCUGCACCUCCUUCACAGUGGUUGGUGUUUGCCAAUUACGCACGGCUGACACCCGGUCUACCUCCAUCUUCACCCCUGACGCAGACAACUGAUACCCCAAAAAGGAGACCGACUCCUGGAAAAACAGACACUUCUCUGCCUUCACAUACAGGUCGUGCUCCACCAGCCUCCGCAACACUCUGCGCACCAGGGCCACAUGCUCGACUCGGGUAGGCGAGUACACGAGAAUGUCAUCUAUGUACACAACCACCCCCUGCCCCUGCAUGUCCCUGAAGAUCUCAUCCACGAAUGAUUGGAAAACUGACGGAGCGUUCAUCAACCCGUAUGGCAUGACAAGAUACUCGUAAUGGCCCGAGGUGGUACUAAAGGCUGUCUUCCAUUCAUCGCCCUCCCUGAUGCGCACCAAGUUGUACGCGCUCCUGAGAUCUAAUUUAGUGAAGAAACGCGCCCCAUGCAAUGACUCAGUCAUGGUCGCAAUCAGCGGGAGUGGAUAACUGUACUUCACCGUGAUCUGAUUGAGACCACGGUAAUCGAUGCACGGGCGUAAACCACCAUCCUUUUUCUUCACAAAAAAGAAACUCGAGGACGCAGGGGAAGUGGAAGGCCGUAUGUAUCCUUGUCUCAGAGAUUCGUCUAUGUAAGUCUCCAUAGCUUUCUUCUCCUCCUGAGACAGAGGAUACACAUGGCUCCGUGGGAGCGCAGCUCCUGCCUGGAGGUCUAUCGCACAAUCUCCCUGCCUAUGGGGCGGCAACUGCGUCGCCCUCGACUUACUAAACGCAAUAGCCAAAUCCCCAUACUCAGGGGGAGGCACCUGGUUUGGACUCUCCACCGAGGUAGCCCCUACGGAAACGCCCAAACAUCGACCCACACACUGGGCAGACCACUCCAUUAGAGCCCUCUCCUGCCACGAAAUAGAUGGGUUAUGGGUACUCAACCAGGGCAUGCCCAGCACCACCGGAUACGCAGGCGAGUCGAUCAGAAAUAGCUGAAUCAUCUCCUGAUGACCCCCCUGCGCACACAUCCUAAGUGGCGCAGUGACCUCCCUGAUCAAGCCCGCACCCAACGGACGGCUAUCUAGGGCAUGAACGGGAAAAGGGACGUCAACAGGGAGAAGGGGAAUCCCUAAGGCUAAACAAAACUUCUUAUCAACAAAAUUCCCAGCCGCGCCUGAAUCUACCAGAGCCUUAUGCUGGGAAUGAGGUGCUACCUGUGGAAAACGCACAGGUAUACAGAAAUGUGCAACAGAGAGCUCUGGGUGAGUGGGGCGCCUACUCACCUGGAAGGACUCCCCAGUGCGGGACCUGUCGUCCUCUCCCCUAGGAGGCCAUCCCCAGCACCUAGCCGCGGUGUGUCCUCCCCGACCACAGUUGGUGCAGGAGAUGGACCCCCUCGUAAGCCGACCCCUCCUCUCUCUAGCGCCAGCGCCCCCGAGCUCCAUGGGGCACGGCUCGGAGGCGCUGGAGGGUGAAAUGGACGGACCCCCCUCGGAACGUCCGCGGGUAGCUAGCAGGUUAUCCAGCCUGAUGGACAUGUCGACCAACUGGUCGAACGAGAGGCUGGUGUCCCUACAGGCCAGCUCCCGACGGACGUCCUCGCGUAGACUACAUCUGUAGUGAUCGAUGAGAGCCCGCUCAUUCCACCCUGCAUCCGCCGCUAGAGUACGGAAUUCUAGGGCGAACUCCUGGGCACUCCUCCUCCCCUGCCGGAGGAAGACCAGACGCUCCCCCGCCGCUUUCCCCUCCGGGGGAUGGUCAAACACCGCCUUGAAGCGGCGGGAGAACUCGUCGUAGGUGAUGGUGUCCGCGUCGAUCCUCCUCCACUCUGCGUUGGCCCAUUCCAACGCCUUCCCGGAAAGGCAGGAGAUCAGGGCGGACACGCUCUCAUGUCCCGAGGGCGCCGGGUGCACGGUGGCCAGGUACAGCUCCACCUGGAGAAGGAAUCCCUGACACCCGGCCGCGGUCCCAUCGUAGGCCCUCGGGAGCGAGAGUCGAACUCCUCUGGGUUCCGGAGCGGGAAUGGGCUGACUUGCCGAUGGUGCUGGCAGAGAGGAUGGCGGUGGAGGAGUCCCCCAGCCUCGGAUGGUGGUGAUCACCUCCUGCAGUGCGGACCCCAUCUGCAGGAUCUGGUCACUCUGUUCACGGACCUUUUCCUCCAGCGUCGCCUGGGCUGCUGCGGCUCCUGCUGAUUCCAUUCUUGAAGGUGUGUGAUUCUGUCAGGAAUGCUGUAGGUGGGUGUAGUGGUGGAAUCAAGCGCAGGACACCGAAGUAUAGUCCAAAAGACUUUAGUGCAAUUCCCAACAAGGGAAAAAUCGAACAAACUGGCCCGAAGGCGAAACUACGCACGAAGGCGACAAAACAAAAGGCGCACAAACCAUGUGCGUAAACCAUGUUGAGCUUUACAGUGGAGUAAAGCUCAACCGAGCGAAUAAGUAAUAUAAUAUACAAGCACAACACACGACAGAAAAUCAAUCACACACAACACUAGACAAACACAACGAGAAACUUAUAGGACACUAAUUACACUAAACGAGAACAGGUGUCACAACAAACAGACAAAAGCAAACGAACAUAGAAACAUGCAACGGUGGCAGCUAGUAUUCCGGAGACAACGAACGCCGACGCCUGCCCGAACAAGGAAGAGAGGCAGCCUCGGCCGAAACCGUGACAGAUAUUUUUUCUUAGAAAAUACAAGUAAUUCAGUAUUGGAAUGUAUUUGGAAAUACUUAAAUACAUUUAAAAUACAACUAUUUUAAUACUCCAUACAUUUGAACCCAGGUCUGUUUGGUCCUAGGGUUAUUUGAAAUAGUGUAUUUGGAAACAAAUACUUAAAUAUGCAUGUAUUUGAACCCAGGUCUGAGCUAAUGACAAAUACUAAUUGAAGACCUACAAUGCUACUACUGCUCAAUGUCAUAAAUUGCUUCUAUGAGUAGCCUGAGAAUUCAAAAGUUUGGGACAGUGGCAUUUACAUGAACAGUUGGGCCUGUAGUCAUAAAGCAUCUCAGAGUAGGAUUGCUGACCUAGGAUCACAUCUCCCCUGUCCAUGUGACCAAAAGAUCACACUGACCUUAGAUCAGCACUCAUACACUAAGAGGCUUUAUGAAUACAGGUCCAGAUGCAUUGACAAUGUUGAAAACACUUGACUUAAAGAAUGCCUGCAGGUAUAAUGCAUUAUAAGUUGUUGUAUUUGUAAUGUCUCACAUGAGGUUUAUAAUAUACUAUGUCUCUCUAAGUAGGAAAUGUAUGAUGUUUUAUGUUUUUAAUGUGUUUUAUUAUGAAAAUAAAAUCAGAUACACAUAUGGACAGCCUGUACCUGGUAAAGCAGAGGUAGAGUUGUGCCGACCUUUAGGGUACAAUGUAUUCAUCCCAAUAAUAAUUGAUGAGAAAAAUCCACAAGGAGUUCCUGAUUAUACACCCCCAUGCCACAAAGAGUCAAUAAAGGUCUGUAUGCUUUCCUGAAGAAACUAUCAUCAGUAUAAUUGUUUUCACAUCAUAUUACAUUUUAAUGUGAUGUGGUUAAAUUCAUUUAAAUCAGUUCUUAAUGUGUGGGCUUUUGCUUGCUUUUCCCAGAUGGAUCAAACUGGCUGUGCUUCUCAUGUCUUCAACAUGUCCAUUUUCACAAAGAAUGGUGGCCAGAAAAUGCUCAUAGACAAGCUUAGUUUAAACACAAAAGUAGAGGAGGAGGGGACAGGCAAGUCAUUCAUCACAAGAAUUUGGAGUUGGGAAAAGUGAUGACAUCAUUUAAUGUUUUCUGUUUUUAAUAAUGUUUUUAAAUCUUAUGUAAGCUGCACUGCAAUUCAGCUUCUGCAUUGUGAACUGCCAUUGUGCAUCAUGGUGGCACGUGUGGUUGUGAAAUAAACCAUGCUAUUAUAAUUUGUUUUUCUUUGACAGGUAUUACACAGUCAGAGGAAAAACACAUAGCACUCUCCUAUCUGAUUGGAAAACUCACAUUUGUCGACACACCCAAAAUCUAUGAACAUGGAUCAAUUAUUGAGGGCAAGGUAAGUCCAAAUCGAGUGUUAUUGUUUCUUGAACUUUGUUGAAUUGUGGAUGCCAUUUGCUCUUUGACAUUACUGUUUACCUAACUACCAAUGGUAGGUAACAGUGACGUAUGUAGCAUCACUUCAUAGAACUUUCCCCCCUUUUUCAUCAGAUAAACGUUGUUCACUACAACAACACACCUAUCUCUGACAUGUUAGUCUACCUGUUGGAGAAGAAAGGCUGGUCCUCACAUCGUCUCCAGAACCUAACCACGGACAGUCAUGGUAUUGCCAGUUUCUCCCUCAACACAACCAGUAUGCCCAAAGAGAAUAUUAACCUCAUAGUAAGUAUGAUUCCUUCUAGGUUUUUAAAUACUCUGAAACUCUGAAGACUCUUCAUGCUCCCAAAUCACCCCCUUGACCCUACACCCUAGGGCCUAUCAUGUUCUUGUGGAGAUCUGAGAAGAUUCCAUUGGUAUAAUAAGCAAUAUGGUGAACUUCCACUUAGCCUAUCAGAGGGCAAGGCGGAGCUCUAAGGGUUGAUUUGGGAUUGAGCCUUCAGUUAUACUCUCUCUUCCCUCUUUUGCUUUCCAGGUAAGCAACACACCACAAGAGGAGAACACUAGAUACAGGGUCCCCUAUUUCAACAGAGGGCAACACAUUCUCUCACUGAUCCAGCCCACUGCCCCUCACAGUAAAACGUCCAGCUCUCUGGCUAUUCAGAAGAUGGAGAAACCACUGGCAUGUGAGGAGGAAGUGUCAAUCACCAUCCAGUACACCAUCAUAGGGGAGACCGUCCCAAAGGGCUCCGUGGAUGUCAUCUACCUGGUGAGUAGAACCAGGAACAAGUUGUGACAACCUGCAAACCCAGGGUGUGUCUGAAAUGGAACCCUAUUCUCUAGUGCACUAUUUUGACCAGGGUUAUUUCAGACCUAGUCCCAGCCUCUCACCUUCAAAGAAGGAUGUCCCUAUACAACACCAACAUUCCUCAUCAUCUCCUUCUUGCUGACUUGAUGGGAUAACUGUUUUUCCCUCCUCCAGGCCUUAUCCAGAGGGGCAAUAGUUCAGCAUGGACACAUGAAGGUUACCGUGCAGCAGGGGAGUCCUGGUGAGGAAGUUUUAUUAAGUAAUUAUGAACGUACUGGAAGGUGCUUGAUGACAAUGACAGUGAGUAUGGUUACAUGCACACAAUAAAGCGAUUAUUGUGGAUAGGCAGAUUAAUAUAAUACUUCGAUUAAAAUGUUUAUGUUUUGCAAGAAGAACGCUUUCCUUAAUAAUCCUGUUCACAUGGAUGUCUGAAAUCAGGCUACUGAUGCACUCUGAUAAAUGCAGAAAUUGUCAAUCAAAAUAAACGUUUUACCUCAGUGACCAUGCUAUUUUUGGGAAGCAUAUUUGAUUCUGAGUUCAAUAUAUAAAGUUUGUAGUGUCCCUUGCGCUAAAGAGGGCAUAUCGCUCGGCUGGUGCUAGCAAAUGAGCAGAUCAAAUACACUGCUGGAACACCUAUUAAGGUGUUUACAUGUCUGGAUCACCGAUUAAGUUGUGUACAUGUCCUAAUCAUUUGAAAGAUUGUACAGAAAACCAGGGGCCUCAUUCAUAACCGUUGCGUAAAUUUAACUCUAAAUAUCAGCGUGCACCAUUUUUGAAAAGACUGUACAUACACACAAAUAUUUUUUAUAUAUUUUCUUUUGCAGCCUACCGCAAAUGUCACUAUCUGACCGUUUCAGAAAGAAAAAAACAAUUGCAAAUGGUUGUGGACCUGUAAACAGAUCAUUUGAAUGUAAUAAUGUUUUGCAUACAUAUUUUCCUGAACAUAAAUAUGCUGCACUGCCCACGAAUUCUGAAACAGUGUCUAAAAUGAAAACUAUAGUAGGCCUACUGACAGUGGUAGUCAACUGCUGUUCACCUGUUAAAUUCUACUGUAUGUUAAAACCGCGCUCCUUGUCCAAUGCCUAGAGUAAAAAUGUGAAAUGACAGUAUAAUAGCCUAUUUAAUAGGCACAAUUAAAUGAGAGAUGCGCAUGGUAAUUUGUUUUAUGGCUACUUCGGGAAUAUGAACUCAUCAUGGCCAGAAAAGGUGAGGAAUUUAUUCUGCAUUAUAUCAUUUAUGUAUUAUGUUUACAAAUAAAAUAUUGUCUACUCAAGAAAUUCGACAUUACAGUAUUCAGACGCCUACAAAAGUAAAUGAAAAAGGUGAAUCGUCUGCGAUCAGUUUUCGGAUCACAUAGAGCAAAAUAAUUGAAAAAGCGUAUCUAUUUAUUGUGAAGUGGGCUCAAUGAACUGUGCUUCGGAUCACAUAGAGAAAAAAUACUUGAAAUAGCGUAUCUAUUUAUUGUGAAGUGGGUCCAAUGAAAUGAGAGAUGGGACGAAUGGUAGCCUAUCCUAACUUGUUGUAGGCCUAUGGGCUAUUUCGCAAGUAGCCUAUGAAACCAUCACAGUCAGAAAAGGUGAGGAUUUAUUCUGCAAUGAUUAUGGUAAUGAAAUGAAUAAUUAGAAAUAGGUAUUUAUUUCAUAUUAUUUUAGAAUGCGAAGAUAAAAUAAAUCGAUUUUCGCUCACUAAGGGAAACGGAUUAUAUUAUUAUUAUUAUUAUAUUUAGCUACCCGUUUUUUGUUAUGAAUAAGAGUGUCAUAUAUUCCUGCACAAGGCUACUUUUGCCAUCUUGCAAUGCAAUCCUUCAACCAUGCAUGGUCUGAAGUUUGCAGGAGGAUAAGCACAUUCUCACUUCAAGUUCAGUUUUUAUAAAUACCAACUUUUGAGGGAAAACUGGCGCAUGUUAUGAAUGUUUAGGGGCAUAUUUUGUGCAUACCCAACGUUUACAUGCCCCUGGUGUUUUAAUCGGCGUAUGCUUUCUUAGAUUUUGACUUUACACCGAUUAAGAUAGAGUAAGGUGACUAUUGCAUCAUCUGUUUACUGCCAUAAUCAGUUUACUAUCUAAUUAUUACUGUGCAUGUAAAGGUACUCAGUGUGACAUGCUCUUGCGUUGCAGUAACUGAGGGUGAAGUCACCUUGAAGUUGGCAGUGGUUCCAGAGAUGGCGCCAGUGAUACAGGUCCUGGUGUACAGUAUGCUUCCCAGCGAGACUGUAAUCGCCCACAGCAUGAACUUCCCCACUGAGAAAUGCUUCAGGCACAAGGUGUGUGUAUAUGUAUGUGAAAAAUAUGGGUUGUUUAUGAAUUCGAAGGACCAAUAAAAAACUUGGGUGCUGGAUUUUAGGCCGGUAGAAACCACCACAGGGUGUCCUUUCAGAACACAAGGAAGCAGUAGUUCCAGUUCAAGGGUUUAUAAUAAUAAUAAUUAUAUGCCAUUUAGCAGACGCUUUUACCCAAAGCGACUUACAGUCAUGUGCGCAUACAUUUUUACGUAUGGGUGGUCUGUCACACCCUGGCUCUGGGACUCAUUAUGUUGAGCCAGGGUGUGUUCAUUUCUAUGUGUGUAUUUCUAUGUUGGUGUUCAUUCUAGUUUGUUGUAUUCUAUGUUUGCCUGAGUGACUCCCAAUCAGAGGCAACGAGUGUCAGCUGUUGGCUGGUUGUCUCUGAUUGGGAGCCAUAUUUAAACUGUAUGUUUUCCCUUUGUGGUUGUGGGUUUUUGUUCCGUGUUCGGUCAUUGAUACCGUGGACGUCACGAGUCGUGUUUUGUUUUGUAUUUUGACGCUUUAACUAAUUAAAGUCAUGUUUGUUCAUCACGCUGCGCCUUGGUCUACUCCUUACCUCGAUCGUGACAGAAAAACCCACCAUGCAACGACCAAGCAGCAUGUCCAGGGGCAGCUCUUGGGCUGGACAUGGGAGGAAGCGCCGGGAGAAGAGACGGUGGAGGCGCGCCGUAGAGAGGAGCUACGGCGUGAUCAGGGUCGUCGUCGGACGGUCGUGAGGCAACCCCAGAAAAUUUUUAGGGGGGGGCACACGGCAUGGACGACGGGGCUGACGGAGGAGAAAAGGGGGCGGAUCCAGAAGUCCACCAGGCCAGGGGUACACCGCCCUGUACGUCCUGUGCGGAUGCCUCACACAGAGUGUGUGAGGGUAGGCAUUCAGCCAGGACGGGUGGUGGCCGCUCUUCACUCCAGGCCUCCUAUCCGUCUCCACAGCCCGGUUCGGCCUGUCCCUGCUCCACGCACCAAGCCUACGGUGUGCGUCGCCAGCCCAGUCCGGCCUGUCCCUGCUCCACGAACCAAGCCCACGGUGUGCGUCGCCAGCCCAGUCCGGCCUGUCCCUGCUCCACGCACCAAGCCUACGGUGUGCGUCGCCAGCCCAGUGAACAGACGUGAACACUUCUUGUGCUGGUUGGGAGAUCCAUGUCGGUGCUGACGUAACACCUUGGUAGUGUGACCUGAGACAGCUGUGGAAGUUCGUUCUCCCAAAUAAGCCACGCUUGGAGAAGAUCUUCAGGUAGGUCUGGGGCAUCCCACCCUCUUUUCUUGUCUCAGAGCCUCUGGACCACAACCUUGGCCGUGUGGUGUAUGGAACGAUGAAGCCAAGUGGAUCGUACUGGCUGGCAAGGAUCCGAUAUAUGUUGCGCAUGGUGGGUUCAACUUUCUCCAUGUGACUGUGCUUGUAGCCAAGAGUGUCAGACAGACAUUGCCAUCGUAAUCCAAGGGUGCUCUCUUGGCAAGAAGGUGCUUCAACUUGUCCACCAGUUUCUUGGCUUCAUCUGCAGAGGGGAGACUUUGUAGACAGUUGUCUACAUAGAAACAGCAUUCUACAGAGAAGCGCACAUCUUCUUUGGGCUCACUGUGGUUAAACGCAAGCUUCCGAAGGGCAACCGUGGUGCAGCAGGGGCUACAUGUCGUCCCAAAGGGAAGUACCUGCCACUCAUAGACCUCAGGGUAAUCAUCAUGGUUUAGCUUCCAAGGGACGAAGGUUCUUCUUCCACAAAAGGGGAGUGGCGUACCUUUGAACCCUGUCCAUUUCGACCCUGACUGUCUUCUCCUCCAGUAGAUGCAUGGCUUCUACAUCUUGUUUGGACCAUGUGACGAGCUUCUCACUCCUGUAUGGUAGCGUAUCCAACUGCCAGAGCUUCUCUACAUGGCUGAAGAGCUCUGCAGAUGGAGAGACGAGGGAUGUAUGAAGGAACUUUUAAGGGUCCAUCUGAGCUAAGUUUUGAUGGCGGCAGGUCCGCCAGGGGGACCCAAACGCACUGGCUCUGUCGGGGUGAUUAGAUGGGGAAUGUCUGAUCCGAUGAGCAGUAGCGGCUGCGCCUGAUCCAGCGGUUGAAGGGGAAGGACUUUGAGGUGCCGAUACCUUUUCUGAAGGGCUUUGACAGGGUAGGUAUGCGGUGCAAGGCACAACUAUUCAGCUGUGAAGGCUCUGUGGAUGUCAAAGGAUUGGUUGAGUAACAGGGGCCACAGAGAAUGACAAAGAAGCUCCAUGGAUGACUCAAAUAUCUUGACGCACAGUACGAAGUGCCAAGUCCUCAGAAUUGCCUUGGAGGCCUAGCUGCUCUGCUGCUUCGUGUAGAGGUAUAGUGCGCUCCGACCUGUCGUCCAACAGGGCGUACGUGUCAAGUGACUUGUUGCUGCUCUGCAAGAUGACUCCACUCAUCUUCAGCAACACCUUACUGCUGCCGGAAGGUCGAUCAACGUAGAGGGUCUCUGCAGUGGAGCUCACCAGGCCUCUGUUGGCGCCUUUGUGCUGGUGGUCUUCAUAGUGUUCGUGCUAGCGUUCUUUGUAGCAGUCCGACUAGUGUUGACCUCGUGGAGAAUCUCAAGAUGCUUCUUCUCGCACUUCUUGCACUUAGCCUUGAGAGUACACUGAGCUGCUUGGUGUUCGCGUCCACACUUCCCACAUCUUUCAUUUGUCUUGAUCCACGAUUCUUUCUGUUCUUUGGAAAGGAGCUGAAAGUCGGUGCAUUGAUUCAUGUAAUGCUGCAUGGUGUUGCAGAACAACAAUACUUAUUUGGCUUCUCCCGUGACUUUUCCUCCGGAGAUUGGUUCUGUGCAGAGACUUCGGCUUUGUCCUUUCUCUGCUCACCCCCGUGGAGGAUGGUGAUGGUCUUAGGGAAGGAUUUGUCUUCAUGUUGAUCUCGGCAUGAGCUAGGGUGGUCCCUGCUUUGGUCGCUACUGAACUGUGUGCCAUCUACUUGUACUCUCACGUCGUACUCAAGCCACUCUGCCAGGUGAAGGAGGGUUGGAAUGGGUGUCUUGAUGGGGUUCACACAUCUCUUGAAGCUGACUCUUAGGUUGUGUGAUAACUUAGCUAAGAGGCGAGAGACAUGUGAUCCACACCUCAGUUCUGUCUGUCCAUUACUACCUAGCUGAUCCAACAUGCCAACCAAGCACAUCCUCAGAGCGAAUGUUCGGAAUGCCUUGGUGUCACCUUUCUUGAUGUUGGGGCCAUCCAUUAACCCUGCAAUGCAUUGGAGGGCAAACAGGUGGGGCUGGCCAUACAGUUCUGUGAGGGACUCCAUGGUGUCACUGUAUGUGUACCUGCUGUUGCUGUAGGAGUUGGCAAUUAGCAAAGCCUCUUCCAACUUCAGGUGGUCCAACAAUAUCUGAAACUUGAAGCACUCUGUUGCAUCUACAGGCAGCACAUUGUCGAGGGCCAACUUCAGUCUUGCAAACUCUCGUGGGUAUUCAUUGAUGAAGUUGGGGAUGGUAGGAGUUAGUCCAUGGUAGGUGCACUCUCAGCUGGGUGGAGAAGGUGUGCGGUAGCGGACAGGUGAGUGCCAACGACGAUCAGGUGAGUAGGCCCGGCGGCGACGGUCAGGCGAGUAGUCGCAGCAGCGAUGGUCAUGUGAGGGCUGACAACAACGGUCAAGUAAGUAGUCACGGCGCGACGGUCAGGUGAGUAGUCGCAGCGGUGACAGUCAGGUGUGGGCUCACGACGGCAAUAAGGUGUAGGCUGACCGCAGCGUUCAGGUGAGUAGUCAUGACGGUCAGGUGAGUAGUCGCGGCGGCGACAGUCAGGUGUGAGCUGACGACGGCGAUCAGGUGUAGGCUGACCAUAACGAUUAGGUGAGUAGUCGCGGCGGUGACGGUCAGGUGUGGGCUGACGACGGCGAUCAGGUGUAGGCUGACCGCAGUGGUUAGGUGAGGGCUGAUGUUGGCGAUCAAGUGUAGGCUGACCGCAGCGGUUAGGUGAGGGCUGACGUUGGCGAUCAUGUGAAGUCAGCCCUCUAGGUGGCGCAGUAGGGCUACGAGUCCUGCAAUGAGAAGACGAUCGGUCUCGCUGGUGCGAUGGCUCACGACGGCGAGGGGUUGACUGAGUAGAUGAUGAGGAUGAGGAUGACUGGUCUGAAAAGGAGAGCCCUCUGAUCCCAAGGUUUUCAAUGAGCUGCUCUAUCUUAUCCAGCUGCCUUUGUGCCUGCAGUUUAUCAUCUCUGGUUGUCACCAGCUGUGCCCGCUUAGGCUGACUUUGAUGAUGACAAUCUCUAGUCAAGGUGCGCCUGCUAUGGGGGGCCGGUGAGUUGGCAACCGAUGAAGGUGAGGCUCCAUUCUCACUGUUGCGGGUCAGCCUGGGUAGUGACUUGAACUGUUGGGGACCCAUUGAAGCUGAUUAAUUUAGCUCUUCCGAUAGCUCCAUUAUCUCCCGUGUCAACUUCUCAGUUUCCACUCCUAUCAGCUUCAGGCAUGUUAUGACUGUUCUGGAAGAAGAACGGGUUUCUCUCUCAUCUUGUACAGGAAGGUAGCUGCUGCUGGUCUUGUUGUGAGAGUAAUUAAUUCCACUCACAGUGCCCUCUGCUCGUGGUCCCUCGUUGGAGUGGUGUGUUGUUGUGUGUGUGGUGAUCGUCUGCCUUGACUCGUAGCAUACCUCAUAGUCGACCAGACGAUGUGGGGGGCGAGUCUGACGGUGGGACGAACCACAACUUGUGGAGGAUCUUCUCUGGUGACUGGCAUCCUUGGACUCUGGCAGUUACUGCAUCCUGCUCGUAAGGACCAUGAAAAAUAUGGGUUGUUUAUGAAUUCGAAGGACCAAUAAAAAGGGAUAAAAAACCUAGGUGCUGGAUUUUAGGCCGGUAGCAACCACCACAGGGUGUCCGUUCAGAACACGAGGAUGCAGUAGUUCCAGUUCAAUGGUUUAAUGAAGAUCCACACACACAAUUACAACACCACCCUCUCUGAUACUAAUUGUGGUUCUGCAAAGAAAAGAGGAGAACUUAGGCUAUAGCACAGUAUGGGAAAAAUAUGCCUACAAACUAAACAGGCUAUGUGGACCCAAACACAUGCUAGAUGCACAAACAAACAACAGAGCAAUGUAGAAAUAUCUACACAAUUAUAAAACAUAAUAAGCAUGAGCGAUCUACAACCGAAAAUAGCCUAGCACCACAGACAAAUGCUAACAAAUGCUAAUCGCUAAUAUGCAUGCUAAAUAGUAAUGCAUUCCGGAUGACAAUGCUAAUGCUAACGCUAGCGGGAGUACGCGAGCUAGCUAGCUACCAAGUUUAACACAAAUGGUACAUAUUUACAACAGACAGGAUUUUGGGACUUACAUUUAGCUGCACCUUCAAUAAAACAUCAGAAAGAAAAGCAAUUUGUUCUAAGGAGGUAGAAUAAGAGAAGAGAAAAAUUGGUUGUCAUCAGAAUGGAAACUACAGACUGUCUGAGGCCCUGGCUGGUCAGGUAUUAUGCUAAGUCCCGGGGGAAAGGCUGCUGAUUGGCUGAUACAAUUAUGAUGAUUGGCGUGACCUUAUUUCAAUAAGAAAACCAAAAGAAAGUUGGGGUCUUGGAAAGGAGAUGAGCUGUCCGUUUUUACAGUGUGCAUGUGUCUGUGUGUGUCAUACCCUCAUCACAAAGAUAUUGUGUACACUAAAGGUGUAUCAUGUACACUUGUGUAUGUCAUGUGUGCCAGGUGUUGGUGGAGUUCUCACCCUCAAAAGCGGUCCCAGGGGAGGAGAACACCCUGCAGCUCUCGGCCCAGCCCGGCUCCCUCUGUGGCCUCAGCACUGUGGACAAGAGUGUUCACAUCAUGGAGCCAGGGAAGAGGCUGGAUGCUGACAAGGUAACAGAGCUCACUGAAGUGAAUGUCAACGGUCAUACCACCAUAUAAACAGCUUUUGUGGUGCUGGGAAUACAACCAGCUUCAGGGGAAUAAGAUGUGACUACAGCAGACUUGGAGUGGGUCUGUUCACAGUGGGCCAAUGGGUGUGCUUUCAUCAACUGGAAAGCAUAUCCCUAUUGGUACUUAAAGGGGCAAUAUGUAACUUUUUGGGCGACCUGAAUUCAACCAAAUUCACAUAGAAAUGUGAGUAAUAGAUCUACUUGAAAGCAAGUCUAAGAAGCAGUGUAUCUGUUCUAUGUGUGCUAUUUCUAUGGUCCCCGUUCUUAAGUUUUGUUUUUGCAUCUUUUACUUUUGGGUUUGUACACCAUCUUCAAACAGCUGAAACAACAAUAUUUAUGGUUAUGGAAAAUAUAUUUCACAGCGGUUUAGAUGGUACAAUGAUUCUCUACACUAUACUAGGCUAUUUUGUCACAUAAACUGAAAUUAGGUGAACUAUUUGAGUUUUAGCAACCAGGAAAUGGAGGAGCGAUUUCUGCAUAGUGUGACUUUAAUAAGUUCAUAUUCUGGGUUGUGUUCAUCAGGGCACGGAAAGCAUUUUAAAAACGUUUAGCAAUGGAAAAUGAAAUUAGACAAGUCUAAGUAGUCACUGCCUUCUGUUUGGUGCCCAAUGAACAAGGUCAUUUCACGUCUCCUUAUUAUCCCAUUCCAGAUAUUUGAUUUGUUACCAGUCAAGGAGACAACAUACAUUCCCUACGAGCUUGAAGAUCCAGUAGCAUGUUUACGUGUAAGACCAAGGAGAUAUGUAAUGCCAUACCCAGAUGGACUAACUGAGGAGAAAAAGGAACCUUAUGAAGUUUUUCAGGUAACUUCUGCCUUGUUUUCUCUUAACUUGAAGCCUCUUUUCCUCUCUCUCAUAAGAAUCAGUUACCAAACUGUUACCAUGCAUUCAUCUUCUUAAAUUAUACAUUGCUAAAAUAGCCUGUUUGAGGCAACAACAAAAAAACAUAUAGAAUAGAAAAAUAAAACUGAGACAUUCAUUAAUAUUGAGCUCUCUUGUUUGUGAUUCUUACAUUUCUAGAAACUGGGACUGAAGCUGGCAACUAAUCUGGUUCUAAGAGUACCUUCCUGCCUAAAUUACAAGGGGAACCAGUACCAUCGAUCCUAUGGUGAGAUGUCCUCCUUAACACCGCUUACUCUCGUCAUUGCCAGAAGUCUUUGGUGAAUCUUGGGAAAUGCAUGGUUUUUGUUAUUCUAACAUAGCCUGGUUAAACCAGUCUGAACGCUGCAUGCAUCACCAGUGAGCGCAGCAUUCGGUCUGGUUUGACCAGGCUGAUUCUAACACGAGAAUAAUGACUGUUUUGUUUUAGGAAUACCCACCAGACACUACUCCCACAUUGUAGAAAUGGACAGCCUUGAAACGGGUGCAUCAGGUCAGGGAUUUCCAGUGGCUCAAGUUGGAUUACUCAGAGGCGGAUAUGGUGCCGCUCCACCUCCGCCACCCAUAG